UUUUAGUCAAAUUUUAUGAAAGAUUAUAACUCUCAAUCGUAAAAAUAAUGAACAGUAACAGAUCAUCGGAUGAAAAUGACGCUUACGAACUGGGAAACCUUCGUAAGAUGGCAAAAACUGCUAGUAUUUAUCACAGUAACAGAGUAAAAUUUAAACGAGACCGAAAUCUUUCUCACAUCGUUCACGCUAGCCUACACCUCUUUCAAUGCAUUAUCUGCCUCGCUUUAGAGGUGUUUCAUCAUGCCCAUCAUGAGGCGAACAGAGUGAAUCGAAAAGAUGAUGAAUCUAUUCCUUUUCUACCUCAAGAAAAGAAUCCAAUUUUUUACAUCUAUCCAAUAUGUAUUUUUACAAGCAUUAUAUUUGCAGCUCUUUGGCUUUUCACGGAUAUUUUAAUAAAACGACCUCAAAUUGCUGUUACAGAUUGCUUUAUAGCAGCUGUUUUAUUGCUAUCAGCCGGAAUAAUUGAAAUGAAACACGUGGAUAUGUAUCUUGAUUUAACGAAAAUCAAAGACGAGGAAUUGUUAAAUCAUCCUAUUUUUAUUCACAAUUUUAUCAUGUCUCUAUUCUCCAUCUUUUGUAUGACCAUAUAUCUCAUACAAGGCUGGAUCUUAGUGGAUUAUUGGCUGCAGAUUAAGAAACAAAGAAAUGUAUCCAAUGAUCAGGAGGUUUCCGACUCCAGCGGAGACAAUGGUAUAAUUGAACACUAUCUGCCUCAAAGUUGCAUUAGGAAAUGGAAAAAUAAAGACAAGGAAGAGCCUGGCAAACUUGAUCCAAUUCCUACCUUAGAAAAAUUUCCCUCCUUAAUGUCAACAUCCCAGCCAGAAGUAAUUUUUCAGAUAGCGAGAUAAUAUUUGCGAGGAGGAUUUUUGGUAAUUCGAAAAAUAUCAGUGAAGAGCCGGUCAUUUUAUACUGCUGUUUCAUUGAUUGCUAUAAAUAUAUAAAACAGCAGCUGCUUAACAAACAACCUGUACACGAAUUUCAGGUUAUUCACGUCAUGUGAUACUUUUGAAGCAAUGAAAUAGAAUUGAAGAGAAUAAUUUAUGUUAAGACGAUGUAUAUGUUUAUGAAAAAUAAAUGAAACGAAAAUAUGUCAGUGUUUUUUAGAAAAUUACAGUGACGCACUGAGAACCUUACUUUCUUAGAUGUUCUGUCGCACACUCUAUGAUCAGUGACUAUAGAUAGUAUUAUUUUCUCUUCGAUGUUUC